AUGGACCUCUCAUUAGCACAGUCGUGCGUCCCCAGCACCUUCAGUCCCUCCCUCUUCGGCGCUGAGGUGCUCUCCCUCGACGCAAACCUCGUCACCAACUACAGCGCCUCCGUCGCCGAGGCGUUCCGCUACGUCGCGCCCGCCGUCACGCUCGACAACGUCUCCUUCUGCAACGUCACCAUCGCCUACACGCACCCCGGCCAGAACGACCACGUCAUCACCGAGGCAUGGCUGCCGCUGGACUGGAACGAGCGCUUCCAGGUCAUCGGCGGCGGCGGCUGGGUCGCCGGCCGCUUCUUCCUCACGUACGGGGGCAUGCAGGGCGCCAUCGCGGACGGGUACGCGACCAUCACCACCGACGCCGGCCUCGGGGACGCGCAGGAGCCUACCCCGUGGGCGCUCAACAGCCCCGGCAACGUUAACCUGUACAACUUGCAGAACACGGCUUCCGUCUCCUUGAACGAUGAGGCCAUCAUCGGCAAGUCCCUGAUCAAGAGCUUCUACGGCCGCGAUCCAAAGUACUCCUACUGGAACGGCUGCUCCAACGGCGGGCGCCAGGGCCUCAUGAUCGCCCAGCGCUACCCGGACCUCUACGACGGCAUCGCUGCCGGCGCGCCCGCUAUCCAUUGGAACGAGCUCAUGCCCUUCUCCCAGUGGCCGCAGCAGCUCAUGAAUGAGCUCGGCGAGUAUCCCUACCCCUGCGAGCUCGACGCCCUCUCAGCCGCCGCGCUCGCUGCCUGUGACGGGCUGGACGGCGUCGUCGACGGGGCUGUCACUGACCAGCACGCGUGCCUGGCCAAGUUUGACGCCUUCUCUGUCGUCGGGCGGGAGGUGGAGUGCGCGCAGACGAAUGGGACGAAGAUGGCUGUGAGCAGGGCCGCGGCGGUUGUGGCGAAUGCGACGUGGCAUGGGUACUCUGCGAAGAAGUACUACGGCGGUCUGGUCCCGGGGACCGAUUUGACGGGGAUGUUGAGCAUUGUGCAGACUAGUUGCAAUGCGACGGGAUGUGUGGGCGUGCCGAGUAUGCUUGGAGGCCUGUGGCUUCAGCUGUUUGUGGCCAAGGAUCCUGCAUUUGAUAUCGGGCAUCUGAGCCGCGAGGAGUUUGACGCGCUUGUUAGCUCUGGGCGCCAGCAAUAUGCUUCGCUAGUGGAGUCUGCGGAUCCGGAUUUGAGAAGGUUCCGUGAUCUUGGGGGCAAGAUUAUUUCUUUCCAUGGAUUGGCAGACACUGUAAUCCCGCCUGGAUCCACGGAGGAGUACUACAACGCCGUGGCUAGGAUGACCCCGGACAUCCAAGAUUUCUUCCGCUACUUCGAGGCCCCUGGGUUGGCUCACUGCUUUGGCGGCAAGAGUGGGCAGCCGAACAACCUCUUCCAGCAGCUGCGCGACUGGGUUGAGGAGGGCACUGCGCCUGAGAAGACCCCCAUCAAGUUCAACGUCGGCCCAGAUGAGACUCAGAACCGUAUCUUGUGUCCUUACCCGCAAAAGGCUCAAUACGUUGCUUCUUGUGGCGACGCCGCGUUGGAGAAGUGCUGGUCCUGUUCUGGGUCGGAAAACGCCGCUGCGUCUAAGCGGAGCGAGCCUAGACACCUCGAGCUACGCUGA